AUGGGAAAAAAAGCAAGUUCGCCGCAACAAGGUGAAAAUGGCAUUCCCGAAAAUUCGUCCCAAAGGUGCUGCAGUCACGAUAGACAUAUAAAUCCCAGCGAAGUGGCAUCAAAAGAAGUAGGUGAAAACACCAAGAACAGUAGCAAUAAGAACAACGAAGCACAUAUCCUUUUUAAGAAGAAAAGAAGUCAUAGAAGAUGCAAAAAUAACGCAACUAGGGCGAUAAAGAAGGAUACGGAAGAGGCCCAUCCACACCCGAGCACAUCGAAAUAUAAACUAGUAAAUUACUUUAACAACAUCAAGUACAAUUUGUCCCUUAGGAGAUAUUUUAAGAUGCUUGUCACGGUUUCCAUUUUUAACUACCUACCUCUGAAUUUGCGCAACUUGUCAAACACGGCCUACAUGUGCGGUAAACGUUUUAACCUUAAAGAUGUGGAAUCGUUUAAGCUUUUUUUAAUUUUGUGCAAAUCGAAGGUGCUCUUCACGUACAGAUCGAAUUUCCGCUUAAAGAUUAGCGAUAGAAAUUGCUUCUCCAGUGGGAGCUCCUCCAGUGGAAGUUUCCCCAGCCGCAGUAGUGUCGAGAUGGCCCCCCCGAACUGUAACAAAGAAUCAAUGACCGGUAGCACAGACAGCGCAGGGGCACAUUCCAACAAUCUUAGCGAAAAGGCAGAGCAAGCGACGGAAGGCGAAAAAGGAAAAGACGACCAAAUGAGGGAGAAAAAAAAGACCAACAGGAGGAUGAAGAGGAGGAGAAAGUACUACAAAGAAAAAGUCAUAAAUUUCACAAACCUCCCUGAACAUUUUUUCAAAAAAAUAUACUUGGACGAAAUGGAAUAUUUCUACAUGAAUUUUGACAGUCAUUCCAUGUCAAUUCGUAGAUCCCAUUUCAACAGAGACGAUUACAAAUACACGAAUGGUAAUCUAUUUGAUGAGAAAAACGAUUUAUUCGGAAUGGCUUCGGAGGACGAAAAUAAUAGGGGCACCUCUUUCGAUAGUACAAACGAUAGCAACAAAACUGUUCUGUACUUAGAAAACUAUGGAAGUAAUUCCGAUGUUAAUAGAACAAAUGGGGGGAAAGGAAGUACAGAUUCCCUCAUCUUUGAUGAAGAAGCGGAUAACCAUAACAACAGCGGAAUAUCCACCAUAAAUGGCACCCUCCCUGUAGUUAAUCAGCCGGAGUGUAAAUGCCCCUGUGCACACAAUCAUUCGUUAAAUGGCUCAUCGGAUGAGGACUCCAAAAUUGUAGCAAGGAACGAAGCAGCCGUGAGGUAUGAUAAGGUUAGCAAGAAAAUGAACGAAAAGAAACAAGGCAAAAAAUUGAAAAUUUUCCAUUCGGACAGGGAGAACAUUCCCCUUGUGCAAACCCAAGAUAGUAAAAAUAAAUGUGGGAAUUUUACAAAUAGGAGGAGAACCAAACAUACAAAGGGAGACGACACAAUAUCGAUAUACAUGAGCGAUACCGGGUGGGGAUGUAUGAUACGGGUUGUCCAAAUGGUGCUAGCGAACAUACUCAUCAAGUACAAAGUCUCCAAAAAAUAUGCCUUCUUUCACAAUAUGAGUGAUUACGCAUUUUAUAGAAAUUGUCUAAAAAAAAUGUCAAAUGAGCAACACGUGAGGGGUGGGAAGGGACCCAUUAGUAGCGAAGGUGAGGGAAAUAUAAAUACCUGCAACGUAAGUUACCAUGUUGAGAAGAUAGCUGGACGAAAUUGCUACAAUGAACAGAUGAAAGAGGCCGAUUAUUUUAUAACGGAUGGAAAAUCAGACGCACCAUACUUUUAUGAUAACAACUCCACGAUGAGCACUUGUAGUAAUUUCCCCCCUACAAAGAAGUUCCAAAUUUGUGAAUGCAAAAAAGUAGAGAUUGUUAAUGACACAGAGGUAAAAUCCGUAGGGUUAUGCACCUCCUUAUGCGCCUCCGAAUGGAUGAGUAAUGCCUCCCCAAGAAGAGAACAAAACAUAUAUCGCUAUUUUAAGAAUUACGAAAUGUUCCUAAGCAGUGGGGGAGAAAAGGCACCUCGCAUGAACAUUGACAAUGCGGACAAAGUUGAAGCCGACUCAUCGCAACCCCCACACAUGAGUGCCGUUCGACACAUGAACGUGAACAACUCGCUCGCAUACUCUGUACUGUUACAGUUCAGAGACAUGGAAAUCGCCAAGUACUCCAUUCAGAACAUCAUUUACGAAACCAUGAAGUAUAAAAAUGUUAGCCAAAAAAACAUGGAGCAUUUUGUGUAUGAGUGGCUUGGACCCACCAGCAGCGCAGUUGUCAUAUCCAACCUCAUUAACAGAAAGAAGGUUCGUUUUGUGAGAAAAAGAAAAAAUAAAAUUUCGAUAAAUCGUGCAGGCCGCUUAACAAGAGGUGAUCACGUCUGUGGAAAAAGUGAGACCAUUCUGGAGAGAGAGAUUGACUCUGCCGAUCAAGUCAUCAACAAGAAGGAAUACUUUUUUGUAAAGCGAAAAAAAAGGCAUGCUUUUUUCUCAGUCGCCUUUGACACGGGCGUAAUUUACAAUAAUCAAGUGUUAAAAUUUUUUCAAAUUAAGGAGAAAAUACUAGUCAUUAUAUGGGUUUGUCUAAAACUAGGGACUGAUUCUUUUAACAUAGUGAAAUAUAAACAGUCUGUACUCUCCUGUUUCGGCCUAAAGCAGUUUCAAGGUAUAAGUAGUGGCAAUGCACAUACCAGUGCUCACUACUUUUAUGCUGCAAAUGAGAACGGCCUGUUUUAUCUUGACCCUCAUAUAAAAUGCCAAAAGGCCUUCACAGACUUAAAUGAAAAUUACGAUACAGAAUUUUUCACACAGAAGAUAAAGUUUCUCCCCUGGGAGUAUUUGAAUUCGUCCUUGUCGAUGAUAUUCGUUGUGGAAUGUAAGGACGACUAUUUCAAUUUAACAAAAAAUUUGAAACUUAUUGAUCCAAGCAUAUUUGAAGUUUACGAUGAGGAGCCACAGUACACCUUCAGGAGUGAAUUAAAUUACGAUACGGACGAUUCGGGACUGGUUCUUUUGUGA